AUGGAGGGGCGGCUUGUAUUAUGUUUUAUGUUAUGUUUUUUGUUACAAUUUGUUUCUGGACGAAAUCGGCUUUGCCACAAUAAUACUCACAUAACACGUAGUUGUACAACACAGAUCCUCGGUGAUGAAUAUGUGGAUGACGAUUCAUGCAAAGUAGAGUACAUUCCGUCAAACAGCUCCAAAUGUACAGACAACUUUGGUCCUAUAACAUCAAACAACCAAAUCGGCCAAGUGAUACUAAAACCUUACAUCUUGCAUGAGAGGCGAAGGGAUGUGAAUUUCUACUCUGUCAAUUAUACCGUCUUGAAUAUAUCAUUCACUAACAUAAAAUGGAAAACCAUGAAGUUCCGAUUCCAAAAAGAUUCAGUCAAGUACGAGGAGGGUCACUGCAGGAAUAUCGUGAUAUCAAACGAUGUGAAAAUCAAUGACCAAUCAGUCUUAUAUUAUGACUGUUACUGGUCCGUUACUAACGGAAACUAUAAAGGGCAGAGCCACGUCUUAGACUUCGAAGCCACAGAUGAUUAUGUGGUUAACAGAGGGAAAUUUUACUUUAACAUACCCACCGCUGCAAUGCUAGAUCCAGAAAUCACAGAAAGAGAUUGGAAACCGUUUGUAUACAUUGAAAAUUUAAGUGACUCUAUGAAACUACAUAUAAUGCCGCCUCCAAAUCAGCUCAAGAUAACUGCCUACCAGAUAGAAGUUAUAAAGAAAUGUGACAAAGGCACACAGUGUGAUGAAAUUGUCAAGAAUGCUUUGAUAAAAGCUAAAAACAACACCCAAGAGGUUACAUAUGACUACAGUUUGUUGGUCAGCACGGGAUUAUACUAUUUUGUGGUGACACCCAUACAUGAUAAAUGUAGGAACGGUAUAAUGGAAUGUCAGUCAGUUGAGAGUCCGAGGAUUUUUAUUGAUAGUGAAGAACAUAAAACUCUCAACAUAUGUAUAGCCAGUAUAGCGUCCCUUAUAGUCGGUACACUGUUCAUAUACUUCUUUAUAUUGCUCUGCAUUCGAAGAUACUGGUGUAAGGAAUAUGCUCAAGAGAUCCCACCGCCUACUAAGGUGCUCGUGAUAUAUUCACCGACUAACCGCCUGCACGCAGACUGCGUCGCUUCAUUCGUGGCCUACCUUCGUUCAGAGUAUGGUUUCGACGUGAUGUACGACGGAGAUAUAUCAAACACAUCCCACGGCGACCCGUUUGUAUGGGCGGAGGAGGCUUUCAGGGUUUCCUCUCACGUCAUAUACGUGGUAGGACCGGCUGAAAAUACCAACCUAUACAACAAUAUAUACGACAAGCCGAUCAUAGUACACAAAGAUGUUGACGUUCUGCUCUUAUCAUUACUAAGAACGACCAGAACGUCGAAGAAUCCGAAGCAAAUCAUGAACGUAUUCUUCGAACACUCCAACGGUACAGUACCCAUAGAAACGAGACAUGAUAAGAAAUUCAUACUGUUGAACGACUGGCAGAAAUUAAUCGCAUAUCUAUCUAAGAACGUUCUGCCUAAGAAGCAGAUAAUGCGUUCAGAGAAGGGCAAGGACUUCUUGGAUGAUCUAUCACGAGCCAGGAAACUGUUGAACAAUCGCAACGAUGACGUCAUCGUGCGCUGCGACAAAAAUAACACUGAAAAGAAAGUACUUCUGUAG